GCCAUUUUUGCAGACAGGCGCAGUUCGCUCCACUAGAUGUUGUCGUUUGUGGGAUUCGUGAAAUUAUAUUUGUUUGCCAAAUAAACAUUUAAAAACGAUGUUUUUCGCUUGUAUUUGUUGAUCAUAAACUAAUAAAUCCUGUGAUGAUAAGUUUAUAAUAUAAAGUUUGCGAGUGCUCAGUGAUAUUCCGCUUUAUAAACGAUUUUCUAAUACCAAAGUAGGCAAAAUGGCAGAUCCAAUGGGCAAUCAGAAUAAUUCAGUUCGUAGACCCAUGCCAUUGCAAAUGGAGUUCCCCAAAGCCCCAGCGAUGGCCCCUUUUGCUUUUCGUCCGCUGCCUCAGCAACCAACGUCAGAUAAACCCUCGCCUACGGGCAGACCAAAAAUGAGCCUCCCCAAAGCCCCCAUGGAGUCGACAAUCGAGAAAACUCGUUUUGCCCCAUCUGAUCGAAUUAAAGCAAGGGAGCAAAGGAUGAAAAUCUGCCAGUCGAUGCACUCGACCGGCAAGCUGAAAAUCGACAACGUCGUCUACGACUUCACGUCGGAAGACCUCCAGGACCUGGGCGAGAUAGGUCGAGGCGGUUUCGGCACCGUCAACAAGAUGAUACACCGGAAGUCUCAGACGGUGAUCGCCGUCAAAAGGAUCAGGUCCACCGUGGACGAGAAGGAGCAGAAACAGCUGCUGAUGGACCUGGACGUCGUCAUGAAGAGCAACGAGUGCAAGUUCAUCGUCCAGUUCUACGGCGCGUUGUUCAAAGAGGGCGACUGUUGGAUCUGCAUGGAGCUAAUGGACACCUCCUUGGACAAAUUCUACAAAUUCAUCUGCGAGAAGUUAAAAAAACGAAUCCCGGAACCCAUUCUGGGUAAAAUAGCUCUCGCUACCGUAAAAGCGUUAAACUACUUGAAGGAGGAGUUGAAAAUCAUCCACAGAGACGUGAAACCGAGCAACAUCCUCCUGGACAAGAAGGGCAACAUAAAACUGUGCGACUUCGGUAUUUCCGGUCAACUGGUCGACAGUAUUGCUAAGACUAAAGAUGCUGGUUGUAGACCUUACAUGGCCCCUGAAAGAAUAGAUCCACAAACAGCAAAAGGUUACGACGUCAGGAGCGACGUCUGGUCGCUGGGCAUCACGUUGAUGGAGGUGUCGACCGGAUGUUUCCCCUACCCGAAAUGGUCGAGCGUUUUCGACCAAUUGCAUCAAGUGGUCAACGGGGAUGCCCCGAGACUUUCCUCCAACGCCAACGCUUUCACCGCCGACUUCGUCAAUUUUGUGAAUACCUGUUUGAUAAAAGACGAGCACCAGAGGCCCAAGUACAACAGGCUUCUGCAGGAUCCUUUCGUCCUGCGCGCGCAGCAGGAGCAAGUAGACGUUGCCGCGUACGUUUCCGAGAUCAUGGACGAGAUGGCCAACAACGGCAUCAGCGCUUUCACCACCAACAUGCAAUAAUAGUUUGUUGGCGAGUGAAACGGGCCGAAACACAGAUAACACCGCUAAAUUAACGAGAGUAUAUUGC